AUGGACGGGGUCCGAGCGCUCGACAUUUUGCCGUUGCUGAACGAACGGUUCGCGUUGCUUUCGGGAGGCCGCGAUAAUCGUGGCGGACCGAUCAUCUGUUUUCCGGCCACGACGAAACGCGAGCGGAUUAAACCGGAAGACAUCAAGCGCGUCGUGAGCUACUUCAUCAACAUACCGAGCGAUGAAAGCAAAAGUCUCGGCUUCACCAUCAUCAUAGACAUGCGGGGCAACGGCAACACGGCAGCCAGCGCCAAGAUGAUCCUGAAGGUGCUGCAGGAAAACUUCGGCACGGACGUGAUCCACCAAGCGGUCAUCAUCAAACCGGACAACUUCUGGCACAAACAGCGCUCCUCGAUCGCGAGCAACAAGUACAAGUUCGAGACGACGACAAUCUCGAUCCAAUCGCUCGGAAAGCUCGUGGAACCGUCACAGCUAACGUCCGAUUUCGAGGGAUUCCUGCACUACGAUCACACGGUGUGGAUCGACCUGCGAGCCGCAUUCGAGGACUUCCUGUGGCAGGCGAGCGACAUCCUCGAUCGGAUCGAUGAUCUGCAGGAGGAUCUAACGCACUCCGAGUGUCCGGAGGACGUGAACGGUGCGAAACAUAGCAUCGACGCACACAACGAGAUGAAGCGCAAGAUCCUGAAGCUCCCGAUCGAGGAUCUCGACCUGCAGGGCCAGAAGCUGCUCGGCAAGCUGACGACGUACUCGAACCGGAACGACGACGGCUGCCAUUCGGCACCAUUGCCCUCGAACUCUCUCAACCCGGAUGUGACGUCCGCGAUGAAUCAGGUCCUGCAACAGCUCGAAACGGUGCGGAACACCCAACAGCAGCUGCUGAACUUGUGGCAACAUCGCAAAACCAAGCUCGACCAGUGCUUCCAGCUGCGGCUGUUCGAGCAGGACUGCGAAAAAAUGUUCGACUGGAUCCUGCACAACCGGGACGUGUUCCAGGAGACGUAUGUCGAGAUCGGGCACAACUACGCUAUAGCCAAAAACCUGCAGGAAGAGCACCAGCGCUUUGCCAUAACAUCUCGCAACGUGUGCGUCAACAUCAACCGGAUCCUGGCUGUGGCCGCCCGGCUGUACGAGGGCAAUCAUUAUGCGGCGGCCCACAUACGGACGCUGGCGGCUCGGUUGGAUAAAACGUGGAAGGAUUUUGUCACUACGCUGGACGAGCGGACGGCUGUACUGACGCUUUCGGUUGUGUUCCAUCACAAGGCGGAACAGUACACGGAGAGCGUCAGCAGCUGGGCGGCGGCCUGCGAGGCCACGAUCCCGACGCCGACGAACGUGGAGAUACUGGAGACGGCCAUUGGCACGCACCAGUCGCUGUAUGAAGCCAUGUGCCAGGCGUACACGGAGGUGCAUUCGACGAGCAAAAAGCUCCUGUACCAGUUGGAUCACCUGGUGCAGGUUUGCAAUCAACCACCGAUCGUGAACACCAGGAAAAAUGACAAUUCACACUUUAACGGUGGCAAUCCCGCUGCAGACUACAGCGAAGGCGCCUCGCACGUGCUCGCAGUAAUACACCAAAUACUCGGCCAUCACCGGGCACUCGAGAGCAAGUGGCACGCGGGCAAGCUGCGGUUACAUCAGAAGCUCGCUCUGCGGUUGUUCCAGGAGGACGUGAAACAGGUGCUGGACUGGCUGCAGAACCACGGUGAUGUGUUCCUGCGAAAGAACAAGGGUAUCGGCAAAAGCUUACAAAAAGCUCGUGUGUAUCAAACGAGCCACGAGCACUUUGAAAACGUUGCGCAAAACACCUACCGAAACGCGGAAAAGCUGCUGGCUGCGGCCGAAGAGCUGGCUCGGUCUGGUGAGGUGUCUCCGCAGGAAAUAUUUUCCGUAGCGCAGGAGCUCGAAGCGAACGUGGCCUCGUUUGCGGAACGCGUCGAAAAGCGUCGGCGGCGGCUGGAUCUGGCGGUUGUGUUCUACUCGAACGAGAAGGAAAUAUCCGCCUGGCAGGAGCAGCUGCACGCCGAGGUGACGAAUGAGGAGUCGCUGGAGCUGGCUAACGAGCAUCUGGAGGGUACGGAGCGCAUGCUGGAACAGUGCAAGGAGCAGGAGGAGAAUACGCUCAAGACGUGCAUGCAAGCAAUCGCCCAGGGAGAGGCACUGCUGCAGGAGCUGCGCGCAAUAGAGGAAGAAGACAGCUCCGGUUCGCUGACGGCGGUGCAGAAUGCGCUCGAUCGCAUCCAAAAGAAUCGGCUGGACCUCGAGGGUCUUUGGCAGACGCGCCGCAUGAAGAUCGAUCUGUACUUGCGGUUGCGCAUCUUCGAACGGGACGCACUGGAAGUGUCCUCGCAGCUUGAGAUGUGGUCGGAAGAGCUGCAACACACGGAGGUGUCCCGUGACUUCCAGAAGACGGAACAGUUCCUUCGGUUGCACAACGAAUCGGUCAACCAGAUGCAGACGACCACGUACCAGGUGAUAAAUCAGGGCCACGAGCUGAUGCAGCUGUUCGAAUCGUCCGGCCUGUUGAUCAUGGCGGACGCGAACCACACGGCCCAAACGCGGGUGCAAUGUUUGUUAGAAUUUUUACACGAUCGAGAGCUCGACCUGGAGGAUAUGGCCGAGGCGAAGCGCAUCAAGCUGGAGCAGUCGAUGCAGCUGUGCCACUUCCAGAACGAUGCGAACCAAGUGAUCUCCUGGAUCCGGAACGGUGAGGCGAUGCUCAACGCCAACUUCUCGAUCCCGAACAACUUCCAGGAGGCGGAGCAGAUGCGCAAGGAGCACGAACAGUUCCAGGUGGCGAUCGAGCGCACACACACGUCCGCCGUGCAGGUGAAGUACCGGGCGGACGCGCUCAUGAACGCAAACCACUACGAUCCCCAAAGCAUCAAGGACAUUGCGGAGGAAGUGACAAAGAAGUGGCAAAAGCUGGUCACUUGUGCCGAAGAACGCCACAAGCUGGUGACAGCGUCGCAAAAUUUCUUCAAAACCGCCGAGCAAGUGUGCAGCGUGCUGGACAGCCUGGAGAAGGAGUACCGCCGGGAAGAGGACUGGUGCGGUGGCGGCGGCUCAACUGACAAGGGCCAGCAGAUAGUGCAGCUGAUCUCAAAGCACCAGGAGCAGAAGGAAGCGUUCUUGAAGGCGUGUACGUUGGCCCGCCGCACGGCGGAAACCUUCCUCAAGUACGCCAACCGUUCGUUGCAGUUCUACCACGUGAAACCGACCGCUGUGAACAGUGAGUCCCGGGUGAAGUCCAUCCUUGAGAAGCUGCUCGCACAGGAAACGCAGGUGUUGGAGUACUGGACGCAGCGCAAGAAGCGGCUCGAUCAGUGCCAGCAGUUUGUACUGUUCGAGCGAUCGGCCAAGCAGGCGAUCGAGUGGAUACACGAUACGGGCGAGGCGUAUCUAUCCUCGCGGAAGAACAAACUUUGCUCGAGCCGGGAAGAGUCAGAGCUGCUGCUGCGCGAGCAUAACGAGUUCAAGAGCACGGCAAAGGAAACGCGCGAACGGGUGAAGCUGCUGAUCCAGCUGGCCGACACGCUUGUGGAGAAGGGCCACGCGCACGCCAGCUCGAUCAAGCAGUGGGUUGCGACGGUCGACUAUCGCUACAAGGACUUCAGCCAACGGAUGGAGCUUUACCGUUCGAAUCUGGAGAAAUCUCUAGGCCUACCUGGUAUCAUACCGCAACAGGAUGACAAUAACCUUAGCAGUAGCAAUAGCAGUAAUAAUAGUAGUAACAAUAGUCUUAACGCGGGCCGAUCCAUUUCCUCGCUUAACUCCAGCUCAGGCAUCUCGUCUGGCGGGUCUUACACGAGCGUGAUAACUGUGGGUGCGACAGCGGUGCCGAGUGGUGGCAUGGGCAGUGACAGUGGCAGUGGCCACUGUUCGGCAAGCUCGACGGGAACGUCCGGAUCCAGCUCGGGAGCGUCGGUGUUGGAGUAUCGGCACUCGGAUCCAUCGUUGGAAACCAAACUGAACGCUGCCGCAGCCGUCUCGGGCGCCGUGGGUGUGGUGCAAAAGGAGAUCAACGAGGAGAAGCGCAAGUCGGCGCGCAAAAAGGAAUUCAUCAUGGCGGAGCUGCUGCAAACGGAGCGCACGUACGUGAAGGACCUCGAGACCUGCAUUAAUGCGUUUUUGCGCGAGCUCAAGAGCGGCCAGCAAGUGCCUCAGAGCCUGCUCGGCAAGGAGACCAUCCUGUUCGCGAACAUCGAGGACAUAUUUCAGUUCCACGAGAAGAUAUUCCUGCGCGAGCUGGAAAAGUAUGAGACGAUGCCGGAAGACGUCGGGCACUGUUUCGUGACGUGGGCCAGCAAGUUCGAUAUGUACGUGCACUAUUGCCAGAACAAACCGCAGUCGAUGGACUACAUGGUGCAGCAUGGUGGUACCUACUUCGAUGAGGUGCAGCGAAAGCACAAGCUCGAACAUUCGCUACCGGCGUUUCUGAUCAAGCCGGUACAGCGCAUCACGAAGUAUCAGCUGCUGCUGAAGGAUCUGCAGUCGUGCUGUGACGAGGGGCAGGGUGAAAUCAAAGAUGGCCUAGAGGUGAUGCUGAACGUGCCCAAGAAGGCGAACGACGUGAUGCACCUGUCGCUGCUGGAACAGUGCGACAUACCGAUCGAGAACCUGGGCGAUGUGGUGCUGCAGGAUUCGUUCCUAGUGUGGGAUAACAAACAAAUACUGAUCAAGAAGGGACGAGAACGGCACGUGUUCUUGUUCGAGCUGUACAUACUCUUCUCGAAGGAGGUCAAAGACACCAAUGGUACUGUGAAGUACAUUUACAAACACAAACUCCUCACUUCCGAUUUGGGCGUUACGGAGCACAUCGAAGGGGAUGAGUGCAAGUUCGCCGUCUGGACCGGUCGCGCUCCGAUCUCGUCCGACUAUCGAAUCGUCCUGAAAGCCAACAGUCUCGAGACGAAGCAACUGUGGGUGAAGCGAUUGCGCGAAGUCAUGCAGGAAACGUGCUUCUCAGGCGCAUCGUUCUCGCUGUUGAAGUCACCGGCCAAGAUCAGUGGCAAGAACCUUGGCCAGCGGCUCUCCAAGGACAUAGACGACACGCUCAACGAUAACGAUCAGGAUGGCAGCUCUUUGGCCAGCUUUGGUUCCGGGAACACCACCGACAGCGAGAAGGGUGGUUUAUCGGAGAUGACAUGGGUCAUAGCGGACCAUACGGCGGCCCCGGGUUCGUCCGAGCUGAGCGUCAGCAAAGGUCAGCAGGUUGAAAUCGUCGACAUGAACUGUUCGGGUGCGCCCGACUUCUGCCUGGUGCGCUUGUCGAUCAACGCGUCCGACAGCCAGGAAGGGCUGGUACCGGUGGUCGUCCUGAAGCCGCUGCCGUCCUCCCACAGCAAAUUGAACAAUAAACAGCGCGACACGGACGCCCUGGGAGAAGUUCCACAGGAAAAUGAUUGCAUACUGCCGAACCAGCACACGUCGCCCGUCAACAAGCGGAAAGGCUUCAGCGGGAAAAAAUGGCUACCAACACAAUUCCGGAAGCUCUCACACGGCAAAUCGGAUAAGCUACCCCCGGUGGAGAAGUCUCUCAUCAGCAAGAAAGGCUCGGAUAAGAAGGUUAAGCCCAACCAGCAGGAAAAGCCACCAGAAGAGCAGGAACCAUCGGCAGCCGCAUCAGUGCAGCUGGAAGCAGAGGACGAAGAAGCGACAGCGAUCGAGCUUCCACCGCCUAUGAAACCGAUUCAGGAUACCGCAUCCACCUUAAGCGGUGCCACCGUCGUGCCAUCGUCGUCCGAGGAUGCCACCAGUACCGCGAACAAGAUCACAAAGGCGCUUUCGUUGAAAUCGCUGGAAGAACCAUCCAGCGCCCAACCGCCGGCGGAUCUGGCCGAGAUCGAGCAGUUCGUGAAGCAGAAGGUAGAGAGCUUGAAGUAUCUGGACAAUGACGGUGGGAACAGUGGCAGUUUGGCGAUGGCUACGGGUAUCGUCAGUGGAGACGGAAGUAGCGGAUCCUCCACGACGAUGGCGUUAAACGGGGGUCACACGAUCGUGAAACCGGCCAUUUCCCCGCAGUUCUCGGAAAGCGAGGCGACGGAUGAUAACCUGACCGAGGAGCAGGGCAUUGAGGAUAUCCUGCGGAAGCGGAACUACGCCCUUCGCGAACUGAUUACCACCGAGGAGGCGUACGUGAACGAUCUAUCGCAGAUAGUGAAUGGGUACAUCUCUGAAAUUCGAAAUCCCUCAAGCACGGUUGCGAUCCCGGAGGAUCUCAAAGGCGGCAAAGAACGGAUGGUGUUUGGUAAUAUCGAAGCAAUAUACGAGUGGCACCGAGAUCAUUUCCUCAAAUCGCUGCAAAAGUGUCUGCAAAACCCGUAUGAACUCGGCCCGCUGAUCAAACGUAGCGAACGAAAGUUACACAUGUACGUCGUGUACUGUCAGAACAAACCGGUCUCCGAGCACAUUGUGCAGGAACAUAUGACUUACUUCGAUGAAUUACGCUUAAAAUUAAAAUAUAAACUAUGUUUAGGAGAUAUGCUCAUCAAACCAGUCCAAAGAAUAAUGAAGUACGAGUUACUGUUGAAAGAUAUCCUGAAGCAUACUCUGCGGGCCGGCCUCACCGAGGAAGUACCAGGAUUAAAGGAAGCGAUGCAUAUAAUGCAAGUAGUUCCUAAGGCAGCCAACGAUAUGAUGGAUGUUGGUCGGUUACAAAAGUUUGAGGGUAAAUUAACGUCGCAAGGCAAAUUGUUGCUGCACGGUCCACUGUAUUGUGUCGAGGGUGCCUCAAGUAGUGAUAAGAACUCGUACAACUCUCAGAAACCGAAGGAACUGCACGUGUUUCUCUUCGAGCAGAACAUCAUCUUUGCUGAAAUCGUCGGAAAGAAAACCCAGUUCACCAGUCCCAACUAUAUCUACAAGGCGCAUAUUCAGGUGAACAAAAUGACGCUACAGGACCUGUCGGAUGGGACAAACGGCAAUCGGUUUUCGCUUUGUUCAAUCGACCCGCAACGUUCCAGUCUCAGCUACGUUUGCAUGGCCCCGACCACCGAACUGCACAACGAGUGGCUCAAUACGAUACACGAGAUACUGAAAACGCAGAACGACUUCCUUAAGGCGCUCGUAAGCCCGAUCGCUUAUCAGAAGGAGUUGACAAAGGAUUCUUAAGACACACAGCACCGUAACCCUACAGUCAUUACCGGAGUAUUGUGUUGAACUCACUAUCCCAUAUCGUUCCAUACCGUGCAGCGAUAUGGCGAUUCUUUAAUUGUAUUGUUGUGCCAGGUACAACUGCAGAUUCUUAAGUUCCGAUUCGAGUUCCGUGUGUAUGUUGGGCACGCUCCUGAAUUAUUACGAGUAUUAUUUAUUUUAUCGGUAUCGUACCCUUUAAUGCAUGUAUACAGACUCCCCCAAGGCAGCAGUUGUUUGCUGUGGCCGGAAAUUUUACAACAAUUUAUUUAAAGACAAAGUCGAACAUCACGCUACAAAAACUAUUGCUGCUCGUAACAGCAAAUCGGUCACCGCGGACACGGCAAAUUCAAUUUGCAUUGGACAUGGUGCAUCACACGUUUAGAUAAGACAAGAUCACAUAACUAUUGUUCCGCGAGGUAGUAUUCGACCUAUCCUCGAUAGAGUUUACGAUGUCAACGGUUGUGCUGCGGUCAACAAAUGAGUGGUGAAAUUGUUGAAACAAACAAGAUGGCACAAACCUUUCGGAAUCUGCUAAGAAGACGAUCCGACAUGAAAGAGAACAGCUGCUCGUCAGCAGCCACAGAAACGAGAAACAAAAGGACAUCAAGCUAAAAUAAAAAAAAAUAUUCUGAAACGUGCACGUUUAUCUUUCGCGCUUACCACACAGAAAAAAACACGCAAUCACAGUUAUAUAGAGAACGGCUCAUUUUCUAUGUUAACAAAAUGAUAAACCAUAAAGAAUAUCAUACCAAACUUACUCGUUAAAAUCAGAAAUGAUGCGAUAAUGAUAGACAGUGAUGUAGCGAGUGAUCUUAUGUGUGAGCAUACACAAGUAAUAGACACGCAGCAUCGGCAGCGUCGGUCACCAAUGGCUUAAUAUAUCUUAGCACUGGUUACAGCAAAAGGAAGGAACAGCGGAUGAGGACGGGUACAUCCAUUUAGCAAAUCACUUAACCGUGCGAUCAAACAAACGUAACAGAGGAAUAAAUAAGUGCGGAUAGUUCAAGAAACAUAAAAGCAACAAUAGUAAUAUUAGAAUAGUGAAUAUCGAUAACAUACAAGAGAGACAAAGAAACAAACAAAACAAACAAAGCAAAGUAUAUAUUUUAUUAAUAUAAUUAUUAAAGGAAAAUCCAACAACAAGGAUAACCCAUGAACAUUUGACGAAAUAUUAGAGAAGAACAAAAAAACGAGAAUCAUUGAUAGCAUAAAGAGAAUUAAUCCUUCCUGUUAAUUUUACAUCAGUGACGGGACAAGGAUGAGCUAUAACAGAAUAAUGAAGGCAUUAACAGACAAACAUAGAAGGACGAGAAAGGACGAGAAAGAAAAAGCACAGAGGGAGAGACAGAAUAGCAAAAGAUGUGCAACAUAUUUUUGAUAUUUUGACAUUUUUUCUCCCUUUUAGUAACUGAUGAAACCUGGUAGCAACGUUGUAAUGAGCUAUUUGCUCGAAAAUAUCGGAAAUUGAUAAUCCAACAAAGAUAGCAGCGAGCUCGAGGGGUUGUACCCGAUUAUACAUUUUGCUUGUACAGCACACCUCAUAGGUUUCGUAGGGGCAUUACGGCGCAACAACAUUGGAGUGAAGCGAACAUGGCUUACGAGUUACGUCGUGGCUGGAAAAGGAAUUUGAUUUAUUUCGAUAUCCGUAACAUGAAAUCUUCUGUAUGAGCAAUAUCAGCCUAUAGAAUAUGCGAGUGCUCCUUAACCGCAGAUUUGGAAGCUUCCACUAUACUUUGUUUUAGAAUGGUAACCGUAUUUCUGCAAUAUAUUGCAGUUUAUCGCUUUUCGAACAACAUCUCCAAAUAUUAAGCGGCAGAAGAGCCAAUAUUCAGCCUGAUAUACUGUUCUGUAAACGUACCUGCGUUAACAGUAGAAGUUUUCAGUUUUCUUGUGUGCUUUAUUUCAAAACGAAUUGCGCUAUCUCAAAAAUAAGUAGGUUUGGGCAAACUACGGAUUGUCCAGAUUGUGCUUGGCAUUGCAAAUGCUUCUCUACAACACACCUAUUAACGUGGUGUAAAUGUGUAAUUUAUGUAAACUAUUAUACCUUCACAUUCAAUGCUUUUAUCUUUAAUUUUAGGCGAGAACAGCUUUAGCUUUAUUUCGUUUUGCCUUUUUUUGCAUUCUUUCAGAUGUAUAGUUUUUUGUCCGUUCGAAGUGAACUAUUUAACCUAGGCUGCAAUUAUUACAGUUAUUAUUUACGCCAUGGGAAAAAUACUAAAAUGAGGUAUUCCUAGAGCAACUUUAAUUUUAAUGAAAAUUAACAUUUUGUUCUUCAACUUUCGUCAGAGGUCCCGCGUAUGCGUAAGACAGGCAAACCAUCCCACCAUUUUAUGAUGUGAGAAAAAAAAGAAAAAAAAAACAGGUCUACUAAUGUAAAUUCCUUUUCGUGAAAUUGUGACGUAUAGUAUCGGCCUUUUUAAAUCU